CUCUUGAAACCAGGAAGCAGCUUCAGAUGUGUGUGUGGGCAGUUCAACAUUGAGAAAUAAAUCCACUUCCCGCUCUUCAAAAAAUGCAGACGAUACAGCAGCCUCAUUCAUGAAAUGACUCUUCAGCCCUAUCUGGAAUCUGCUCGACUCGGUGAGAACAACAGAAACAACAAAUCCCAACCAGGCGAGUGAAGAAGGAUGAAGAAAAAAAGCUGCAAGAAAUUACGCCAGAUCAGGUCGUCCUCCCUCUGCAGCUCCAAGAGAAAGAAACACGCUAAAAGCAAAAACUGCCUCAAAUCGUCUUCAAGUCAUCAAUCUCGACUUCCUGUUACAUGUGGUUAUAAAGAGGGGUUCCUGGAUUUGAAGAAAUAUUAUAAAAGGCAAAAGUGCAUCUUAAGUGAAGACCAUUGGUUUACGCCCCCUGAGUUUGAGAGGUUUGGGAGAAAGGAGAAAAACAAAAAGUGGAGGAUCAGCAUCCUUUGCAAAGGGAUUACACUCCAGAAACUCAUAGAGGAUGGAUUUCUUUUACCUAAAACUUUUAUGAAAAGCAGGAUUCAUGGUGAUAAGAAGAAGAAAAAGCAAGAGGUUUUGCAGCAACAGGUGGUAGAAUCAGCUGAGAAAAGUAAUGGCAGUAAAGGAGAGAAUGACGAUGAUAUUGACAUGACCAAGUUUGAAGGUCCGACAUUACCUGUGGCCUGCGGUUCAGACUCUGGUGUCCUACACAAAUGCCGCUUUGCUGGAGAGCGUUGUGGGAGAUGCAUAAGAACAGAGAACUCCUGGUUGACGCCUGAGGGUUUCAUCAAAUUAAGCAAACCAGAUGGAAUAUGGAGGAAAGACAUUGUUUCCAACGGAGUUCCCCUCGGAAGACUUAUAAAGAAAAAGGUUUUGGAACUACAUACAAUCAACUGUGACUGUGAGAUCUGCCAAGAACUGGAUCAGCACCUUAAUGAUGAUGUGUGUUUUGUGUGUAACUCUGAGGGAAAUCUGGUGUGUUGUGAUGAAUGUCCACGAGCUUUUCAUCACCACUGUCACCUACCAGCUGUGCCUGAAGAUUCACCUGGCCAGUGGACCUGCACAUUUUGUGUACUGAAGAACAUGAAAGGUUCCAGUCAAAAGAACCAACAGGAUAUUAUGAGCAGUCCAGUUUCUCAGUACACACAGCACUGCCAGUGUCUGCUGUUACACCUGCUGCGCGAGUGCAUGACUGACCCCUGCACCAAUGUUCCAGGAGGCAGUGAGAACAUUUGUGGUCCCAUGAUGCUGGGCAGAGUCAAACAGAAUUUGGAGAAUAAUAAUUGUCCAACAGUGCAAGUGUUUGUCUCAGAUAUUGAAUAUGUCUUCCACCACUGCACCUCCAACAGGGAUAAUGACUUCAGCAGAAUGAUGUCUAGACUCAUGGAGCUGCUUGAAACCAUCUUUAAGCCUUAACGUUUGUGUGUUUUGUACAGAAAUAAAGAGAAAUAGAUACAGUUGAAGUCAGAAUUGAUAACCCCACUGAAUUAUUAGCCCCCCUGUUUAUUUAUUUCCCCAAUUUCUGUUCAAAGGAGAGCAGAUUUUUUCAUCACAUUUCUAAACAUAAUAGUUUUAAUAACUCAUUUCUAAUAACUGAUUUAUUUUAUCUUUGUCAUGAUGACAGUAAAUAAUAUUUUACUAGAUGUUUUUCAAGACACUUCUAUACAGCUUAAAGUGACGUUUAAAGGCUUAACUAGGUUAAUUAGGUUAGGGUAAUUAGGCAAGUUAUUGUAUAAUGAUGGUUUGUUCUGUAGACUAUCGAAAAAAUAUAUAGCUUAAAGGGGCUAAUAAUUUUGACCUUAAAAUGUUUUUUUUAUUAUUAAAACUGCUUUUAGUCUAGCUGGAAUAAAACAAAUAAGACUUUUUCCAGGAGAAAAAAUAUUUUCAGACAUACUGUGGAAAUUUCCUUGCUCUGUUAAACAUCAUUUGGGAAAUAUCUAAAAAAAGAAAACCAAAACAAAGGGGGGCUAAUAAUUCUGACUUCUGUGUAUAUUUUAACUGCAGUGCAUCAAACUCGAAAUUUGAAAAAAAAAUGCAUUUUUAAAAAAAAUACUUGAUUUGAUACAUUUUGUAAUAUAUUUUUGCAGUUUUUUUUUGUUGUUGUCAAGAACAAUUACUGUUUUUAGUGUUUGCAUUAUGACAAAAAACAUCUUUAUCACCAUCAUCAUC